AUGACGUGGCUGCGCUCUGCCGUCUCGCAGAAACGCGACACCCACACCUUCCCACUCAAGCCCUCAACACCUGGCGACUACCUGGCCAAAGUGGUCAUGCAAGGCGACUCUGGCGCAGGAAAAUCGGCAAUCCUCCACCGCUACGUGCGUGACGAAUUCGAAGCCCAUCAUUCUCCGACCUUCGGCGCGGCCUUCGAGCGCCGCUGUGUAGAGUGGCAUGCCAACAGGAUCCAGUUGCAAUUGUGGGACAUGAGCGGGCAGGAGCGGUACAGAUCCCUCUCGCCGAUGUACUUUCGUGGCGCGCACGGCGCGGUGGUGGUCUACGACAUCGCCAAAAGGUCGACCUUCGACAACGUUACGCGCUGGCUGGCGGAAACACGCAAGUACGGGCUGGAAGGCUUGGUCGUGGUGGUGGCGGGCAACAAGACCGACCUGGCCUCCUCGACCAGACGCGCUGUGACCGAGCUCGAGGGCAGGGCGAAGGCGGAGGAGUUGGGCGCGCUGUUCUGCGAGUGCUCGGCCAAGACGGGCGAGGGCGUGGCUGACGUGUUCAACCUCCUCGUGGGUCGCCUGAUGGGCGGCUGGCAGCGCGUGACCCACAUGGCCACUCCGGCGCACGUGCCCAGCGAAGCCCUCCUCGCCCAGCUCUUCCCACACGCCACCGCCACCGUCACCAAUAGCAGCUCAGGAGACAGCGUGCAGCAGCAGCAGCCACCAAGGUGUGCGCUCCAGUGA